AUGCCACCUUCGUCCGAGCGUCUUCACGAGGCUCCGGCGCUGCACGUGCUGCGGGGCAGAGGGAGCGGCAGAGGGGAGAAGAUGGCAGACGAGGGCCGGAACGCUGAGUUUCUUCACGACUGCUGCUGCAGGGCUGGGAGCUGCCAGGGCUCGCUGCCGUGGCGGAGGAGCUGCUGGGGCAGUGCAGGCGCGAGAGGCAGGAGCAGCCCCUGGGACGGGGAUGCACCCAAAUCCGCCCCCACCGCAGGUCGGGUGCUGGCCGCUGUCACCCAGCGCCCCCUGGGUUUGCAGUCCCCGCUGUCACCUCGGGAGUGCUUGGAGGCGGCGCGGUUCCUUUGCGCCUUCGGCCUCCUCUUCCUCAGCUGGCCCCUGCUCCCACCUUCCUCCAUCUCCAAGAUCCUGGCAGCGGUGCUGGCAUGGCUGCGCAAGACCCAGCCUUGGGCUGCCUGCAUGGAAAGAAGCAACUGCCAGCGGACCCCAAAGAUCCAGCUCUGUCCCAGUUUGUUCCUCCAGCUCCUCUCAAGCUCUUUCACCUGGGAGGUGAGGGCCAACAACCGAAACUACCACAUGCAGUUCAAGAAGAAAUUUGCCUUCUGUCUGACGAAGAAGAAGUACGCGGGCAAUGCCAUUAAGACAGCCAAGUACAACAUCUUUACCUUCCUGCCACUAAACCUCUACGAGCAGUUCCACCGAAUGGCCAACGUCUACUUCGUCUUUGUCAUCCUCCUACAGACCUUCCCUGAGAUCUCCACGCUGCCCUGGUUCACUCUGCUCUUCCCUCUGAGCUGCCUUCUCACCAUCCGGGGUCUACGAGACCUGAUUGAUGACAUUGGCCGUCACCAAAGUGACAGAAACAUCAACAGCAGGCCAUGUGAAAUCCUGUCUGGGAAGAGCUUCCGCUGGCAGAAAUGGCGCGACAUCUGCGUCGGGGACAUCGUCCGCCUGCGUAAGGAGAGCUUCGUCCCGGCCGACAUGCUCUUGCUGUGCAGCUCGGAGCCCAGCAGCCUGUGCUACGUGGAGACUGCCGACAUCGAUGGGGAAACAAACCUGAAGUUCAGACAAGCCCUUCUGGUCACCCACCAGGAGCUGGUGAGCGAGGAGAGCAUGGCUGCCUUUGAUGGGAGAGUGACCUGCGAGGAGCCCAACAGCCGCAUGCACAGCUUCACCGGCACGCUGGAGUGGAGGGGCGAGACCUACCCGCUUGACAGUGAAAGGAUCUUGCUGCGAGGCUGCAAGCUUCGCAACACCGACGUUUGCUACGGCUUGGUUAUCUACGCAGGAUUUGAUUCCAAAAUUAUGAGGAACUGCGGAAAGAUCAAGCGGAAGAAAACCAAGCUGGACCGCAUGAUGGACCGGCUGGUGAUCAUAAUCUUCCUGAUGCUGUUGGUCACAUCACUGUGCCUCGCCAUUGCCUCUGGGUUCUGGGCCAAGAUGUUCCAGGAGAAGCACAGCUACCUCUCUGCUCUCUACAAGCACACAACUCCUGCCCAGCAGGCCUUCUUCAACUUCUGGGGCUUCACGAUCCUCCUGAGCAUCAUCAUACCCAUGUCCAUGUAUAUAACGUUUGAAUUCAUCUAUCUGGUGAACAGCUUUUUUAUCAACUGGGAUCUGGAAAUGUAUUACGCUGUCAAAGACAUUCCAGCAAAAGCCAGAAGCACCAGCCUCAACGAUCAGCUUGGCCAGAUCGAAUAUAUCUUCUCAGACAAGACUGGCACCUUGACACAAAAUGUUAUGAGCUUCAAGAAAUGCUGCAUCAAUGGGACCAUCUAUGUGCAUGGAGUCAGGGCACAGUUCUGCCUCCUAAAAUGCGCUCCUGCCUUUCGGGAGAUGUGUCAGGCCCCAAACUCGGCUGAGAUCAGCUUGGUCUUCCCCAAUACAAAAGCAAACACGUGGCAAACCCGUGGUCUGAGUGAGGUGGAGCCCAUCUGGAGUAAUCAGCUGGUGCUGGCCCAGGGGUCAGGGUUGACCUGGAGCCACCACGGCGAGGAGAAGUUGGACUUUUGUGACGCGACGCUGCUGGAAGCCACCCGUCGGGACAGCGACCCCGUGCUGAGGGAGUUCCUGAGGCUGCUGGCCCUCUGCCACACUGUCAUGGUGGAGGAGAAGGGCGACCAGCUGGUUUAUCAGGCAGCUUCACCAGACGAAGAAGCACUGGUGUUGGCAGCCAGGAACUUGGGGUAUGUCUUUCUGGCCCGAACGCAAGACACCAUCACCAUCAGUGAGCUGGGGGUGAAGACGACGUACAAAGUACUGGCCAUGCUGGACUUCACCAGUGAUCGCAAGAGAAUGUCUGUCCUGGUGCGAGACCCCCAGGGCAGGAUCCGGCUCUACACCAAGGGGGCUGACACGGUCAUCCUGGAGAGACUGCAGAGCCGAGGGCCCAACGAGACCUUCACCGAGAUGGCGCUGGAUCGCUUUGCACAGGAGACACUGAGGACUUUAUGCCUGGCCAGCAAGGAGGUGAGCGAGGUGGAGUACAGCGUGUGGGGCAGGAGGCACCGCGAGGCCAGCGUCCUGCUGCAGGACCGCGCGCGGGAGCUGGACAAGCUGUACGAGGAGAUGGAGCAGAACCUGCAGUUGCUUGGGGCCACGGCUAUUGAGGACAAGUUGCAAGAUGGAGUCCCUGAGACCAUCCAGCUGCUGAAACUGGGCAACAUUAAAGUGUGGGUGCUGACAGGAGACAAACAAGAGACUGCAAUGAACAUUGGCUACGCGUGCAAGCUGCUCACGGAUGACAUGGAGAUCCUGGAGGAGAAGGAGAUCAGCGAGAUCCUCGAGGCUUACUGGGUGAGCAACAACAACCUCAGCAGCAGUGGAGAAGCCCUGUGCAGCGGCCACCUCUCCCAGCAGCGCCCAGAGGCUUUGCGCAACAAGAAGAGAGCUCUCAUCAUCAGCGGGGACUUCCUGGACAAAAUCCUCCACACGGGAGAGGUGCUGAAGGAGAAGAAGGGGCGGCUGUGGCGGCGGCUGGACUGCUUCAGGGCUACAGGCUCACAGGAGCAGGGCAGUCUGGUGGAGAAGGCCUUCGUGGACUUGGCCACCGGCUGCCAGGCGGUGAUCUGCUGCAGAGUGACCCCCAAGCAGAAAGCCCUCAUCGUGCAGCUGGUGAAGAAGCACAAGAAGGCCAUCACGCUGGCCAUCGGGGACGGGGCCAACGAUGUUAACAUGAUCAAAACCGCUGACAUCGGUGUGGGCAUCAGCGGGCUGGAGGGCAUGCAAGCCGUGCAGUGCAGCGACUAUGCCCUGGCGCAGUUCUCGUACCUCCAGCGCCUCCUGCUCGUCCACGGCCGCUGGGCGUAUCUGCGCAUCUGCAAGUUCCUCCGCUACUUCUUCUACAAGACCUUUGCCGGCCUUAUGGCCCAGGUCUGGUUCGCUUUCCACAGCGGAUUCACGGCUCAGCCUCUCUACGAGGGCUGGUUCCUCGCGCUCUACAACAUUUUCUACACCACCUACCCCGUGCUGUCCAUGGGUCUUCUGGAGCAGGACGUCAGUGCCAAGAAGAGCCUGGAGUUCCCUGAGCUCUAUGUGAUCGGGCAGCAAGACGAGCUCUUCAACUACCGCGUUUUCAGCGUCACCCUCCUACAUGGGGUCAGCACGUCGCUCGCCAGCUUCUACAUCGCACUCUGGGCCUUCCAGGACCGCAUCGGCAGCAGGGCUGUUGGCGACUAUGAGUCCUUUGCCAUCACGGUGGCCACAUCAGCAUUGCUAUCGGUCCUCAUGGAGAUCAUCCUGGACACCAAGUUCUGGACAGCGUUGUCCUUCCUGAUGGUCACAGCCAGCCUGCUGCUCUUCUGCCUCUUCUCCUUCCUGACCCAAAGCUUUGAAGCCUUCAGGAUAGCCCCUGCCAUCUUCCACUUCCCAGAUGCCAGCCAGAAUGCCCUGACUGACCCCUACAUCCUGCUCGUGGUCCUGCUGUCGUUGGUGGUGAACACCAUCCCCUCACUCACCAUCCGCUUGUACCGCACCAUCGUGGGCAAAACCACCAUCCAGCAGAAGAUCUGCUUGAAGGCCAGGCGGGAGCCGGAGCCCUCGGUGGAGCUACGUGCCCACGUCCCUCGUGGCUCCUUCCGCCGCCGCUCCAGCUACGCCUUCUCCCACCAGGAAGGCUACGCCGGCCUCAUCACGCGUGGGGACAGCCUGCGUGCGGGGGCCACCCGCAGCACUGCCCCCGCUCUCCUGCGCCCAGAGACACCCCCAGAUUUGUCCUGCCCCCGCAGCCCCUCAGCGUAG